CUCCCUAUCCAGUCCUGUCCGCGGCCCCGCCCCCACUCGUGCGUGUUUACGUUGCGUGCUGGCGUCAGGAGGACGGUGGCGCGGCCGAUCUGGUUCCCGCCAUCUGCCCUUUUCGUGAAGGGAAGCAAGGCCGGCUGGGAUCGAGGCGGGCCUGGUGUCCGCGAACGGAGGCAGGGAGGAGGAGGAGGAAGAGGCGGCCUGGAGACGGAGCCAAGCCCGGACGGGUUCGCGGAGAAGGGUUUGUGUUUCCAAUCAGAUUUAAUUAUUUUCAUAAAUUAUUUACAUGAAAACAUGACUCUGCUGAAAUUAUGUGGAUCUAUUCGCAUGCGUAGCAUGCAGACUGGGACUACCAAAUGGAAAGAAGGGACAUUUGAAAUAGUGGAUAAGGACAGCAAAGUGACUCUGGCGGUUCACUACAAUGCUGGAGGAGUUCCAAAGAUAUUUCAGCUAAACCAUAGUAUUAAAAAUGUGGUUGUGCGACCAAGUAAAGGGAAACUGUGUUGGCUGAUGAUAACACUAAAGGAUUCUAGUUUCCUCAUGGUGGACAAAAUACCAUUGAAAGAUGCAGAGGAAAUGAAGCUGUUUUUGGAGGGGGUUCAAAACAGGACUCAUGCAGCUGUGAAGAUACCACUGGGAUCUGGCAGUUUUGGAGGUGUUCUAGGCAACAGAGGAACACAGAAGGAUUCUUACAGGCAGUUCCCAUACAUAGAAAACCAGACUCCUUCCAAAAGAGGAAAUGUUGAAAGUAAGUCGCUGAGUUCCCCAGGAAGAACAUCAGUUAAGAACACACCAAUAACUGGAAUGUCUGGCAACAGGGUCAAUAGUUCCACUUCUCCAGCUACCUCAACACCUCACAGAACAGGCUUGUUGGAAAAUCGUGAAAGGAGGAAAAGGGCACCAACUACUUCAGAGAUGAGUGAAGAUUAUCCUAAAGAGAAUGAUUCUUCAACCAAUAAUAAAGCUAUGACUGAUCCAACACGCAAAUUCUUACAUAGCUGUAGAGAAAAGCAGCUGAAUUUGAAACAGGCUGAAGAGAACAGGGCAUCAGGGCUUUUGCCUUUACAGUCAUCUUCAUUCUAUGGUAGCAGAUCUUCUUCAAAGGAUUAUUCAGCUGGCAAUUCCAAUUUGGACAGAUCUAAUGUCUUGAAUCAGACUCCUUCCGCCAAAAGAAGCUUAGGGUUUCUCUCCCAGCCAGCUCCCCUUUCUGUUAAAAAAAUGAGAUCUAAUCAAGAUUACAUGGGAUGGAACAAGUCACGUGUUCCCCUUUCCACUCACCCACAACAACAGUUGCAAGGAUUUGCAAACUUGGGAAAUACCUGUUACAUGAAUGCGAUUUUACAAUCUCUGUUUUCAAUUCAGUCAUUGGCUAAUGAUCUUUUGAAGCAAAAUAUCCCAUGGAAGAAAGUUCCAUGUAAUGCACUCAUCAGACGUUUUAGCGUCUUGCUUGCUAAAAAAGAUGUCUGUAGCUUUGAGGCAAAGAAAGAGCUCCUUAAGAAGGUGAAAAACGCAAUUUCAGCUACUGCAGAAAGAUUCUCUGGAUAUAUGCAAAACGAUGCCCAUGAAUUCUUAAGCCAAUGCUUAGAUCAAUUGAAGGAGGACAUGGAGAAGCUGAACAAAACUUGGAAGAGUGAGCCAGGUUCUGGUGAAGACAGCUCUGUAGGACGUGUAUCUGAUGACUUAUCAGCUACCCGAGUUUAUACUUGUCCAAUUAUUACAAAUUUAGAGUUUGAAGUUCAGCACUCUAUCAUAUGUAAAAUGUGUGGUGAAACAGUCACAAAACGGGAACAGUUUAAUGAUCUUUCCAUUGACUUGCCACGAAGGAAAAAACUUCUUCCAUCUCGAUCCAUCCAAGAUUCCUUGGAUCUCUUUUUCAGGGCAGAGGAAAUAGAAUAUUCCUGUGAAAAGUGCAAUGGAAAAUCCGCUCUUGUUACACACAAAUUCAGUCGGUUACCUAGGGUAUUAAUUCUUCACCUGAAACGAUACAGCUACAAUGUGGCACUCUCUCUCAACCACAAAGUUGGACAGCAAGUGGUCAUACCAAGGUUUUUAACCCUUCAGUCACACUGUACAGAAAGCACAAGGCCUCCACUUAAUCUGGGAUGGAGUGCGCAAUCAACAAUCUCUCGGCCAUUGAAAGUGUCUCAGAUGGUGAAUUCCUGCUCUGUUAGCCCUUCCACUCCCAGUCGAAAAUACACAUUCAAAUUUAAAGGCCCUGUUGUAAACACUAUGGAUUCAGACAGUGAAGAGGAGCCAUUGAAACGCCCUGUUACAAACAGUCCCAAACAGUGUGAUAAGGAACAGCAGCGAGAUGAUCUAGAGAAGAGCUCCAAGAGAGUCAGAACAGAGAGUGAGAAGGCAUCAGAAUCAACAAAUGCUGGCUUUGAUGGGAUGAAUGAGGACGAACUCCUAGCAGCUGUCUUGGAAAUGAGUAAGAAGGAGACAUCGCUGUCAUUAAGCCAUGAUGAAGACAAGCCUACUAAUAGUCCAGAUACUGGCUUUGGAGAUGAGGAGUUGCAGGACUUGCCUGAUAAUACAGAACCUAUGGAUGUGGAGAAACCCAGAGUGUCUGCAGAGUCAGGUUUUGCUGCUUUUCCAGAGUUAACUAAAGAUUUUGAUGAAAAUAAGGAGAAUAAAACUCCAGAAGGCAAUCAGGGGGACAUUGAUUGGCUGCAGCAGUAUGACCUGGAGCGAGAGAGAGAGGAACAGGAACUGCAGCAGGCUUUGGCUCAGAGCCUCCAAGAACAACAGGAGGCGCGGGAACAAAAAGAAGAUGAUGACCUUAAACGAGCCACUGAAUUAAGUCUACAAGAAUUUAACAACUCUCUACUGGACAGUCUUGCCUCUGAUGAAGACUCUGGGAAUGAGGAUUUUCUAGACAUGGAGUACUCAGAAGCAGAGGCUGAGGAACUGAAACGAAAUGCUGAGACAGGAGAGCUUCCGAAUUCGUAUCGCCUCACUAGUGUUGUCAGCCAUAUUGGAGAUACAUCAUCUUCAGGUCACUAUAUUAGUGAUGUGUAUGACAUCCGCAAGCAGGCGUGGUUCACGUGCAAUGACUUGGCGGUGUCCAGAAUUCAGGAGGCCUCGGUGCAGAGUGACAGAGACCGCAGUGGCUACAUCUUUUUUUAUAUGCACAAGGACAUAUUUGAUGAUUUGCUAGAAGUGGAAAAGAAUACACCUUGUGUGGCAGCCCCUGCAAAGAGCGUUUUUUCCUAAGCGCAAAGUAUUCUGAACUUUUGUAUUUGAUGUGCAGGAGCCACAAACCUUCAAGAACUCAGGGCAUCGUUGAGACAAAUCCCUUGGAGUUGGAGGAAUGGACCAUUGACUUCAUCCAUGCAGUGAAAUAUCUUCUAUCCAAAGUUCUCUUCCUUUUUCUCUAGUUACGAUAUUCAAGAAAUUCUUUUGCCACCAAUGGAAGUAAAUCAAGAUAGUGGAUCAACAGCUCCUUCAGAAACUCAUCAAAGGAUAGCAUGAAAGGAGACUGCAAGUUCACCCAUUUACCUACUGUAGGAAAAUGGAGAAGAUCAAUUUUGGAAAAUUUUCUCUCUCACAUAUGAACAAAAUAAGCAAUAGUUUGUAAUCUGGCAUAUGUUGUGUCCAAAAUGUUCGCUGGAAAGUUGUUGUAACUAGGCAGCUAAGUGGUAUUCCUUGAAAUUGUGAACGGAUUAAUUUGGGCACUUGUCAUUUACAACCCAGGAUCGAAAGGAUUGAAGAAACUUGGUGCUCUGGAACCUGUUGGAUAUACUAUCUUUAUAGUUCACUUUCUUCCUUGUUUGAUAAUAAUAUUAUAUAUGUAUAUAUCUACAUAUAUAUAUUUUAACUUUAAAAAGUUUUUAUUCUUUUUGACUGUUUUCCUUUUUUUAUGUACUGCCAUUUGCAGGACAAUUUUAUUUCUCUGUGAGUGUGUGUGGAUGUUGACAUGUAUCUGUUUGCUGUGUCUCACUUUGGGCUGUUAGCAGGGAAGGCUGCUAACAGUGGAAGCUUUCAGGUCUAGCCUUUGCCAGGCCUUUUGUCGGGCAUUUCCCAGGCAGCGCUAAUUGGCAAUAGAAGCACAAACAACAGCAGUUCUGUUCUGCUUCUCCACAUAUUUGCAUCAGCCUCCAGGCCUGAGAAACCGCCCAUGCUUGAAGGGAGAGAUCUUUCCCAGAUUUACCAUAUUGGACAAGAGUCAUAUGCUGACAGAUGAAACCUUAAAAUAUAUUUGGACUUGUUCUAGUUGCCUCUGGUAAGAGCAGUUCAAUCAGAUGAAAUCCCCUUCCUCCCCACAAAGUUUCCAAAUAUUGUUAUGUCUUGUUUGCAAAAACAUUUCUGGGCAGAAAUAUUAAGUUUGAUUCAUUAGGAUAAAAGGAAGCUUAUCUUGGCUAAACAGGAAAAUGUAAUCUAGAAUCACUUUGCAAACUUCCCUAAUUUACUACAGAAAGUUAAUUGCAAUGUUUUUAUUUUCUUUCUUUCUUUUUUAUGUGGCAGUAAAAUUGCUAAUAACUUUGUUUCCUUCUGUCUCAAUCCUGUCAUUUCAAAUGUUUAAGAGGAGCUGAGAUGGUUGCUCAGUCAUGCAAUUCUAAGUGACACUUGCUACAUGUAGCAUUGAAGCCUAAUAUAACUUUAUUUCAAUGUUUAGCUAUUGUGUUGAGCAAGGCAAAGUUCUCAGUCCUUAAACUAUAAAAUGCUGUAUUCUGCUACUGUGAUUUUGUACUGUUGAUGACUGAAGUUACUUCACUCUUGAGGGUUUUUUUGUUUCUUUUUUUUUUUAGCAAGGAAUAAAUCAAUUUUCUUUCUGUGAAAAA